CCCGCUCGGGGCCUGCGGCACCCCGGAGGCAGUGGGAUCCUUUUCGGCGCGUCGCCGGAGACCUGCAGCACCCCGGGGGACCUUGAGCGCUAAUUAAAGAGUUAUGUUGUCCUCCUUGGGUGACUUAACCCUUCCCAAAGUAAAGAAAAGACCUUAACAAAACACUUGAACUGCAUGUAAGCAUCAUUCAAUGGGGAGACACUGCCUGAUUGCCAGACAGCAGGAGGAGGAAAACACUCCUACCUUGCAACUAUCAGGAACCUGGCACCCUGACGGGAAUGCUGCUGGCCUUUUUGAAGUGAAUCAGUUGGCAUUCCAAGGAAUCCUGUAACAUCACCGGUCCCGCUCUUUAAAUUGGCAAACUUCUUUCUCCUGCCUCACCGCUGCUUUAUGCUGGACAUCAUGGCUGACCCUACAGCAGAAGAACAGGUCUCCAAAACGAGUGAAGUUUGUCCUGAAUGUGGCCAGUUUCACCUGUUAUCAGAAAAUCAUCUUUAUAAUUUCCAGGAUGAAGUGGAUGAUGAAUUGAUUUGUCAUAUCUGCCUUCAGCCUUUGCUUCACCCUAUGGAUACCCCAUGUGGACACACAUACUGUUUCAGGUGCCUUGAGAACUUCAUGCAGGAACAUAAUUUUUGCCCCAUGGAUCGCAAAAAACUGUGCUUCCAGCAUUGUCGAAAGUCCAGCCUUCUAGUAAGGAACCUGUUGGAUAAGCUGAUUGUUCUCUGUCCUUUCCACACGCUAUGCCAGGAGACCAUGCAGAGGUGUCAGCUAGAAGCUCAUCUACAGAACAGGUGUCUUGGCUUCAAGAAAUACAGAUCUGAACUAGAAAGAAGAAAGAAUCCCCACUCCAAAGGGAAGGAAGAGCCUGUUAUCAGUGUGGACACAAGUGCUGCCAAAGAGCCAGAGCUUUCAAAUGGAGGGUCAUCAUUGGUGGCAGAAAGCUCUAUGGCAGCUGUUGUAUCUCUAGGGACAGCAGAGCCUGGAUUGGUUAAUCCAGCAUUUGAGGAGGGUGAAGAAGACCUGCCUCAGAGAGCUAGCCUUGUGGCCGAAACCAGCACCAUUGAAAUUCAACGAGAAGAUCCAGAGGAAGAACUUGGAAUGAGGAUAGUUGGGGGUAAAGAUACCCCUCUGGGGAACAUUGUGGUUCAGGAAAUCCUUCGGGAUUCUGUUGUUGCUACGGAUGGACGAAUAGCACCUGGAGACCACAUUCUCGAGGUGAACGGUGUCAACAUCAGCAACGUGACUCACUGCCAAGCAGUCUCUUUGCUGCGCCAUCCAGGUUCUGUUCUCCACUUGGUGAUCCUACAGGAGAAGGGGUUUUCCCCCAGGACUGUCCAGCAGGACUCCAGCCCUGCUGUAAACCGGGAAGUGAUUCAUGUUACCCUGAUGAAGAGAGACCGAUCAGAGCCCCUGGGAAUCAAACUGAUUAGGAAGACAGAUGAGCCAGGGAUUUUUAUUCUAGAUUUGCUGGAUGGAGGCUUGGCAGCCAAAAACGGGAAGCUGAGUCGGAACGACAGAGUCCUUUCUAUAAACGGCCAGGACCUGAGGCAAGGAACACCCGAGACUGCUGCACAGAUAAUCCAGGCCAGUGAGACGAGAGUGAACUUUGUGGUCCUCCGGCAAUCUGGCACACAGCUGGUAGAUACUGUUGAUGACGGCAGCACACCCAGCAGCAGCAGCAGCAGCAAUGGAGAGAGCCCAGUGCACCAUCGAAGGAGGCCUGAGCAAACUUACUACCGCCGCAAACCUAACUACCAGAAGGAGCUACCUCAGGGAUAUGCUAGCCAGGAAAAGACUGUUUCCAUAAAAAAGGAACCAAAGGAAUCUUUGGGAAUAACUAUUGGAGGUGGAAGGGAUAAUAAGAACAAGCUGCCUGUUUAUGUGACAAGUGUGCAGCCCAUUGGAUGCCUCUUCAGGGAUGGCAGGAUCAAGAGAGGAGAUGUGCUCUUGAGUAUAAAUGGCAUUGAUUUGACUCAUAUGAACUACUAUGAAGCUGUGUCAGCACUUAAAUCCAAUGCUGCUUCCCACGUACUGGUACUGAAAGCCCUGGAGAUCCUUGUACCAGAACCCACAGACCCAUCGUCUGAGAUAAGGGAACAAGGAUUCAGCUGGUCUCCCCUUUGGACCAUGUGGCUUGGACUACCUAGUAACCUCCACUGCUGUCAAGAUAUUAUCCUGCGUAAGAGUAAUUCAGAAAGCUGGGGAUUCAGCAUUGUUGGAGGCUUUGAAGAAAGCAAAGGAAGCCAGCCGUUCUUCAUUAAAACCAUUGUGCCUGGAACUCCUGCUUUCCGAGACAGGAGACUGAAGUGUGGAGAUGAAAUUGUGGCAGUAAAUGGAGUACCUGCCAUAGGAAUGAGCAAUUCGGAGCUGAUCCCCAUGCUGAAAGAACAAAGGAACAAAGUCAUUCUUACUGUGGUGUCCUGGCCUGGAAGUCUUGUGUAAACACCAAACCAAAAAUGUGCAUUCACGAAAUCUGUGAGCCCCACUGAUGCUAGUUUGCUUGAGCUGACAGCCCAUCAUGUGACACUUACUAAGGAAACCAUGAGCUCCUGGCACAGUGUGCACUAGACUUUCACUUCCUCUUUGAAGAAAACAUUUCCAUACUGUUCAGAAAGUUAAUGCAACUUGUGGAUGCAUCUGAUUUUUUUUUUUUAGGUACAAUAUGCUAGCAGCUUGGAGCCAUAUCUUCACUAGCUUCUUGUACUGAUUAGAACUCAUCAUGAUUAUAGGGACAGUUAUUUCUCCCAUGGUCCAAGAGGAAUUGUCCAUCUGUGUCUUGAGCUAGAGUUGUCAACCUUUUUCAGGUGUUGUUUUAAUUCCUGGUCAAACCAGUGUCCAUACGAAAAAUCAAGUAAUCUAGCAAGCUAACAUUUGCUGGCUCGCUGGCAUUCUUGGACACUUUAUUCAAGUCAUUGUCUUUGUUUUUAAAAGUUGCUAAUAAAAAUAAGGACAUGGACCAAUGAAAUGGUUCAUAGCUAAUGGUGUUCACAUUUCUAGCACAAGUUCAGUAAGAUGUAACCUUUCUGGUGCUAGGUAAAUUGAAUUAUUGAGCCACCCUAACAUACUGCGUUGACUUGUGUGAAAAUCCCCAUCCUAGUGUCAGUUGCAGGAGUUCUUGAAUUCGUAUCCCUUCAACUCCUCUCUCCUUGAUAGUGACUAAUGAACCCACCAGGGUUGGUCAUGUAGACACAGGGCUGCCUAUGUAAAAUAGACCGGUUUGCUCCCAAGAAACAUCUGCCCUGAGGAGGUAAUCUUGUUCCUUGACCUUAGUUUCCCAGUAGACUGAAGGAGAUGAUUAGCUGCCUUUCCUAUUCAACCCCUACUUCCAAAAUGACAGAGGAGCUGGUUUGGGCAGAUUGAUGCAUCAUAAAGCAGAAUUAUAAAACCUAAGGUAGGAAGCCAAGGCUUUAUUCUGGCUAUAACACAUUAAUAAUAGACUAUCUGAAACAUUCAGGAUAUAUAGGAAUUUCUCACUUUCUAUGGAAGCUUAAUCAUUAGUAGAAAUGACUGAGGGGUCUCUUACUUCAGGCUCAAUUUAAAACAAGAUAUGCUACGAUUUCUCUAGCUGUCAGGAGUGGCUUGGGCUAUAGCAGAAAGCAGAAGAACUCCAUUUCCUUGUCCAGUUCUUUAAGUGCAACAGACUAGAGGGGUCCGUUCUGUAAGGCAAGAGCAGCGCGGGACGGACUUUUCAGUUUGCUGUUACAGCAGAACGGAGUUCUGGUCCUUGCUAAACUGUGGAUUGUGUACACACAAUGCAACUUUGCUGUCUUAUGGCUGUUAGCUAAAAGCUGUAUGCAAGGACUCUUAUCAAGGCCUAUUCAAAACAAGUAGUUUAGGUUCUAGUGCUCAUGAAACAUUGUUUAACUCAGCAGUUCUCAGCCUCUUUCGACUUAAGGUUCCCCUCCAUUACUUUUGUAAGUUGAGCAGCACCCCAUUUCAAAAACUAAAUCAUAGCACUUACCUCCUUGCAGAGGAGCCGGGCCACUGGAGGCAGGGGAGUGGCUAGGCAAAGAGAGCCAGAGCCUGCCAUUGUCUGCUUAUCUCUUCACACUUCCUGUAGCACCUUUCAAAGGAUCUCAUAGCACCCCAGGUGUCUUGGCAUCCUGGUUGAGAAUCACUGGUUUAGCCGACAUCCAUUCCUCUGGACUGCACGAGUUCUCUUAGACUAGCUGGACCUUCAGACACUGAUUCCUGACAUUUUUCAGCAAUCGCAAGAUUAAAAUAAUUCAGAAGUCAGCCAGGUGUUUGUGGUAAAACAAAUCAGCCUCCCUCUGAAGUGAAGGAAACGCAGAACUUAAUUUUUGUCUCUUCCAUACAAAAGUUACUUAAAGCAAGUUCUGCAGGGAACACUAGAUAGGCCAAAGAUCUAUUGGCUGGGUACUUAAAAGGUGGGCAUUUAUUGCUGAAAAUAAUCUCCUGUUGUUACAACAUUUUUUUGCCUUGUAAGCAGCAAUGCAGAGGGCAGUUGGCUGUACUUUUAAAUGAAGGGGAUGCUGCAAAAAGGCAGCAUGGUUUUACUAUUGCUCCAUCUCGUUUCAAGGUGCCUUUAGCAUCACCAAAAAAUCUAAGCAACUACAUAUUGUUUGCAUCACAAGGAUUUACUGAAUCUUGUUUAAGUGUUGAAUUGUUUGGAUGCCUUCAUAAAUUAUUUUAAUAUGACUAGCAGA